CCGGGACAUGGCCCAGGCGGGCCGUGCAGAUGGGCUCAUGGCUCUUCUCGACUGACCUCACUGGGCUGUUGUGAAGACGGUGAUGGAGGCCAUGCGAAUCCCAGACAGUGGUGUAAAAGGUGGCCCUCCCCCGGGCGGCGGUGCCCCCUGGCACCUUCGAAAUGUCCUCAGCGAUUCAGUGGAGAGCUCGGAUGAUGAAUUCUUUGAUGCUAGAGAGGAGGUGGCGGAAGGGAAGAAUGCCAUCCUCAUCGGGAUGAGCCAGUGGAAUUCAAAUGACCUGGUGGAGCAGAUCGAGACCAUGGGGAAACUGGAGGAGCAUCAAGGAGAAGGGAGCGCACCGUGCACGUCCAGCAUCCUGCAGGAGAAGCAGCGAGAACUGUACCGAGUUUCCUUGAGAAGGCAGAAGUUCCCAGCACAGGGAAGCAUCGAGAUCCACGAAGACAAUGAGGAAGGCUGCCCACAGCGCUCCUGCAAGACGCACGUCCUCCUGCUGGUGCUGCACGGGGGGAACAUCCUGGACACGGGUGCGGGGGACCCAGCCUGCAAGGCGGCCGACAUCCACACCUUCAGCUCCGUGCUGGAGAAGGUCAUGCGCGCCCACUUCCCAGCUGCCCUGGGCCACAUCCUCAUCAAGUUCGUCCCCUGUCCAGCCAUCUGCUCAGAGGCUUUCUCCCUCGUCUCCAACCUGAACCCCUACAGCCACGAUGAGGGCUGUCUCAGCAACAGCCAGGACCACGUCCCUCUGGCCGCCCUGCCCCUGUUGGCCAUCUCCUCCCCGCAGUACCAGGAUGCGGUUGCCACUGUCAUCGAGCGAGCCAACCAGGUCUACGCAGAGUUCCUCAAGUCCCCUGAUGGGAUUGGCUUCAGUGGGCAGGUGUGUCUCAUCGGGGACUGUGUGGGCGGCCUCCUAGCCUUCGAUGCCAUCUGCUACAGCGCUGGGCCCUCGGGUGACAGCCCUGGCAGCAGCAGCCGGAAGGGGAGCAUCAGCAGCACCCAGGACAGCCCGGUUGUGGCAGAGGAGGAGUGCGGUCUGGCCGGCAGUAAGCGUCUGAGCAAAAGCAGCAUUGACGUCUCCAGUGUGUUGGAGGAUGAGGAGCCCACGAGGCUGUUGCCACGGAAACAGAGCGACUCCUCCACCUAUGACUGCGAGGCCAUCACCCAGCAUCACGCCUUCCUAUCAAGCAUCCACUCGAGCGUGCUGAAGGAUGAGGCUGAGGCCCCGGCAGCGGGGGGGCCCCAGCUCCCCGAGGGCAGCCUGGGCCGCUUGGACUUCGAUGUGUCGGACUUCUUCCUCUUUGGCUCGCCCCUGGGCCUGGUCCUGGCCAUGCGGAGGACAGUGCUGCCUGGGCUGGACGGUUUCCAGGUGCGUCCUGCCUGCAGCCAGGUCUACAGCUUCUUCCACUGUGCAGACCCCUCUGCCUCGAGGCUUGAGCCCUUGUUGGAGCCCAAGUUCCACCUGGUGCCACCGGUCAGCGUGCCCCGCUACCAGAGGUUCCCCCUGGGCGAUGGACAGUCCCUCCUCCUCGCCGAUGUCCUGCACACCCACAGUCCCCUCUUCCUGGAGGGCAGCGCCCGAGGCAACCCCCCGCUUCUGGACGCUCCUGCCUCGCCCGCUCAGGCCCCUGGGUCCCGGCGCCUGGGACGGAGGAUGAGCCAGGGCAGCUCCCGCAGCGACAGCUCAGAGUCCUCGGACAGUCUGGCCCCUGUGGGCGCCUCCCGAAUCACGGCCAAGUGGUGGGGUGCCAAGCGCAUCGACUACGCCCUGUACUGCCCGGAUGUCCUCACGGCCUUCCCCACGGUGGCCCUGCCCCACCUCUUCCACGCCAGCUACUGGGAGUCCACGGAUGUGGUGGCCUUCAUCCUGAGACAGGUGAUGCGCUACGAGAGCUCGAACAUCAAGGAGAGCGCUGGCUUGGAUCCCGCGGCACUGAGCCCCGCUAACCCCCGUGAGAAGUGGCUUCGCAAGAGGACCCAGGUCAAGCUGCGGAACGUCACUGCUAACCACCGGGCCAAUGACGUGAUUGCUGCUGAGGAUGGCCCCCAGGUCCUGGUGGGGCGCUUCAUGUACGGGCCCCUCGACAUGGUGGCUCUGACUGGAGAGAAGGUGGACAUCCUGGUGAUGGCAGAGCCGGCCUCGGGCCGCUGGGUGCACCUGGACACUGAGAUCACCAACAAUAGCGGCCGGAUCACAUACAGCGUGCCGCGGCCCCGGCGCCUGGGGGUCGGGGUCUACCCCGUGAAGAUGGUCGUCAGGGGCGACCAGAGCUUUGCCAUGAGCUACCUCACGGUGCUGCCCCGGGGCAUGGAGUGCGUGGUGUUCAGCAUCGACGGGUCCUUCGCCGCCAGUGUGUCUAUCAUGGGAAGUGACCCCAAGGUCCGGCCGGGGGCAGUGGACGUUGUCCGGCACUGGCAGGACCUGGGCUACAUGAUCCUGUACAUCACGGGGCGGCCGGACAUGCAGAAGCAGCGGGUGGUGUCGUGGCUGUCCCAGCACAACUUCCCACAGGGCAUGAUCUUCUUCUCGGACGGGCUGGUGCACGACCCGCUGCGGCAGAAGGCAAUCUUCCUCCGCAACCUCAUGCAGGAGUGCUUCAUCAAAAUCAGCGCGGCCUAUGGCUCCACCAAGGACAUCUCUGUCUACAGCGUGCUGGGCCUGCCACCCUCCCAGAUCUUCAUUGUGGGCCGGCCCACCAAGAAGUACCAAACCCAGUGCCAGUUCCUGAGCGAGGGCUACGCCGCGCACCUGGCCGCGCUGGAGGCCAGCCACCGCUCGCGCCCGAAGAAGAACAACUCGCGCAUGAUCCUGCGCAAGGGCAGCUUCGGCCUGCACGCGCAGCCCGAGUUCCUGCGCAAGCGCAACCACCUGCGCAGGACCAUGUCGGUGCAGCAGCCCGACCCGCCCGCCAACCCCAAGCCCGAGCGGGCGCAGAGCCAGCCCGAGUCCGACAAGGACCACGAGCGGCCCCUGCCCGCGCUCAGCUGGGCGCGUGGGCCCCCCAAGUUCGAGUCGGUGCCCUGAGGGCCGGGCUGUGCGCAGAGCAGGGGGACCCUGCCAGGCCGCCUGCGGGGACCGGAGGGGCUGCCUUCUCCCCGACACAGGCCUUUUCCUGCUUUUUCCCUCCCGUGUCUGUCCAGCAGUGUCCGACCAGAGUGGGGAGGGACCCUGCCCAGCCCUGAGGGGUUCCCUGGGCUGCGAGGGGGUGAGGUCCGGGGGUCUCCGCGCAGCUGCUGCUGCCUCCCCCAAGCUUGAGAUGGCAAGCCCGAGUCAGGGCUGAUGUUUGUGUGGUCCCGGGGGCAGGCCUGCCCGGAGCUGGAGGGUUUGACGAAGUCUCCCGUCUUUCUGAGUUCCUGAGGCUUUGGUAGCGAUGCUAGGCGGGCCCUAAAGGGAGAAGCCCCCAGACUAGGGAUCAACAGCCCUGGCAGGUACAGCUUCAUGGCUGUAUGGUGGAGGGGUGAGUGGCAUUUGUGCCUGCUCUUCCUGUGACAUCCGGGGUCACCGUCUUGGGCCUGGCUCUACUAUGGCAAGGUGGCCACUUUCUGGGAGUGAGAUGUCCCCAGGGCUCAUCCUGUGUUCGCUGUGUCAGUCCGUGGCCCUUGGGGGGUGGGAUCUGGUGCUGAUGGUCUGUCCUCCUGCCGCUGUCCAUUAUUCCCCCUCCUUGUCCUCAGUGUCCUCACCAUUCUCCUACGGCCCUUGAGGACAGACAGGUGUUCCUCUUCCCAGAGUCCUGCUGGGUGCCCUCCCCUGUGAGGCUGCAGCCUUGAGCUCUGGCCUAGCUGGGCUGGCUGUGAGCUCUUGAGCUGGUUGCUUGCCCUCUCUGGGCCCUGCCUUCCUUAUGUGAUUGGAGGGGGUCUACCCAGCUAAGAUCCGUGUGAGUUUUUGACUCUUAGGCUGUCCUGCGCUUCUGCGCCUGGAGGCUUUUCAGGCCUAAGAGCCCCUCGGAGUGUCCAGUGAUCUGUCCCUUCCGCACUGUCUGGGAGGGGCUCUGAGUGGGCCGGAUGGAGCAGCUCCCGCUCCACUCCUUCAAAGGAAGCCCCUCUGUGUGUGGGGGAGGUGGGCUAUGAAGGGACCCCUGCUCCAUGGAGAGGGGCGCUUUGCACUGAUGUGUAACCCUGGCGUCCUAGGGACAGAGACAUCCCCAGAGAGGGACAGGUCUGGCUCCCCCUCCCCAGCUCUGCACAGACCGAUUUCUCCCUUAUGGCUCCUGGAAGGCAUAGAGCUGAGAUCCCAGGGUUCUGGGAUUCACGUAAUUUUGGCUCAAACUGUUGCAUUCUCUUCCCUUCCUCCUGCCACUCAGCUUCGUUUGUGCCCAUGACCUCCCCCGGGUCGUCCCGAGGUUGGCAGGGCUUGGCUCCCCUGGGGCCCCUCAAAGCCUGCUCAGGCCCUCCUGCUGCUGAGCCCGUGGCCUGGGCAUUGGUCUCCAGAACUCCCCCCUGCUCCCUGGCCACGUGGGCCCGCCUCUGAGUCCGCGCGGGCUGUCACCGAGGCUGGUUGUAGCUCUUUCAGCCAGCGCUCUGUGUCAGGGGCCGGGCUGCCCCAGGGCCCAGACGUCUGUAAACAGCAGGCAACUGUGUCAGCUCAGUGUCGCUUCUGCUCAAUGUCUACCUCUUGCAGCUCCCACGUGGCCAACAUCCCCCCGGACGGUGGCUGCUGAUGGGGGCGGCUGGCAUCGCUGCUGCGAAUCGCCUGGCAAACUGGGCACCCUGCUGAGGCCCAAGGGGUCCGACUCCCAGCCCCCACCCCGGCUCUCUCUCAGAAAAGUGUCUUCUCCAGUCUGCCAGCUCCUGCCACGUCUGCCCGACCUGUCUGCCAGCCCUCUGCCCCCUUUUGGCACUGCGUCGGCACCCAAUCCCGGAGCUGCUGGCAAGGCUGUUGGGGUGGGGCCAUCACCCUCAGCUUCCCCUCUAGUCCUGCCUCCUGGAGGCUCACACGGGCCCAUCCUCCUUUAACACUUCAUCCUUCCUGGCUCUCCAUAAGGCACCAGCUCGUAUGGCACAGCCACCUCAUCCUCCCCAUCCUUUCCAAAAUAGACCCUGAGUUAAACUCGGGCAGGCUUAGUCUGAGUCCUGGAAACUCCACUAUCUCCUUUUUCUGGAGGCCACUGAUGCGUCACUUGCAGCUGAUGAAGUAAUCAGUGCGGGGCUCUUCCCCCCCAGUUAGACUCGCUGGGCCCUUUCUGAGAACUCCAGGCUGGGAGCAGGAGAGAGAGAGUGGGGCCCUAGGGAAUCUGGAGUCCGAGCAAGCAGGGUUCUGUGGUUCUGGGGGUCGGAGCGGGGACGCAGGACCCAGCAGGAGGCCACCACUCCUUCCUUCCAGAGCCCAGGAUUGGGGCUCUGGUGACUCACACCUGAGAUGCUGAUGGUGUACAGUGAGAGGCUGUGAACACGACUCCCUAGGGGCUUUAGCUGGUGUGUGUGACGGUGUGUGUGCGUGUGCGGUUCUGUAUAGUGACCCACUCAGACAACGUCCGUUCAGUGCAGCUUUCACGGCACCUGUGACCAACGUGCACUUUCCCAGUGGUGUGUUCUGUGCUGUCCGUCCAGUUCAGUUGGAGAAAAACAAAGAACCCAGUCGUGUUGUUCUCCGGACGGGGAGCCGCUGCCUCUCUCCGAGUAGUUCUGUGACCCCCAGUCCGGCUGUUUUCUAGAGAAUCCUUCUAGCUCCCGGUGUGCCUGCUCCCCAGGAGCUGGGAAACGGGUCUUCCCGCCUGACCAAAGCUCCUUGUUCUCGCCUGGCAUGUUCGUCCUGCCGACCAGGCGGCUGUCCUGCCCGGCUCCCUGCCGGCCGCCUUCCUCUGCGUUCACCCUGCUGGGGGUCGGGUGCAUCCUGAGCCUGCUCUGCUGGCAUCCUGGGUUUCCCUGAAGCUCUCCACUCCUCCCUGGGGCUCCGCAGAGUUUGAAGAAGAGUAGCCUCUUCGUGCGUUUGGGCGAGCGGCCCUCCUGUCUGUGUGCUGGGCCACAGAAAACACAUGUGUUUGCCCCCCAAUAUCCCAGAGAUUCCUGGGGGGUGGGCCCUCUGAAAGAAGGGAGGCUGGAUCUCUUGGUUUUUAAACCCUACUGUUACCCGUUUGGAGUCCAUACCCGCACCCUGGAAGUGUCCAGCAGACAAACGUGGUGCCAUUUUUAGAUGAAAGCCGGACACUGAGGCCGGUGGAAAUGGGGCCAGAGGUGGCACUGGUUUUGCCUGGACACUCUCUCACCCAGCCUGGGUGUGACCCCGCCUGGGAGGGGCACCCUGACUUCCAGGAGCCUUGCAGCUGACCCCGCCUUAAACAGUCAACUUUCCCGCCAAACCCCGGGGGUUUGGGUGCCAAGUGCUCUGGAAACCUAGUCUUUUUGGCUCAGCCAAAAGAAACAUCCGCUCCCUCCUUACUCUCCUUCUGGGCCUGGGGGGACUUACUUAAAAAUCAUAGUUAGGUUAAGUCCAAACUGCAAGGCCUGGCCCGGGUCAGGCUCUCCUUGUUGAGAGGCCACCAGGGCGGUUGGGAGGAAAAUCAGAGUUUGACCCCACCCUUAUUGGGACAAGGAGAGGCAGGUGAUGCCAAGGAGGGGCAGGACAGGAGGGCGGCUCGCUCACGGGGACCCCCACCCUUGGACCCCGCUGUCCUUUUCUAUUCGUUUACUCCGUGGUGGCAGCCUGUCUGAUCUUGUCCGUGGUCUGACUGUUCCUAAGUGUGUAACUCUCAGUAUUGUCUGUGGUGGGUGGUUCUGUGGUGAAAAAGGUUUAUUAUAUUCCUCAUGGCUGCCUUGUACAAAAUCCGUUAGAAAAGAAAAUGUAAAAUAUCAGAUUUCUAACAAGACAAAAACAGCAUUACGGAGUUAAAAGAUUUUUACAACUGGUCUUGAUUUUGACGUGAGCUGGUUUUUAACUCUCAAACGUUGUCACUUAAAUAAAAACCUUAUUUGCCUUUAAAA